ACUCUUUUUUGGGCCGCGGAAGAUAAAGUCAAAUAUUCAAUUCCACAAGCGGGAAGUCAAACGAUCAGCAUGUUGUUAUUGAAUUAACUAAUUAUAGUUUACUAAAAUAUUCCAGAAAUCUGAAAAUGGCAUAACGUUUUUAAAGACCACCUAAAGAAAAAAUGGAUAUAGUUGAAGAUGUUUCCAACCUAUUAUUCUUAGUGUGCCAGCGUUUUGGAUUUGAUGUCACUCGAAUUUUAGAAAAUGUUUUUUCAUCAACCCAAUUGACAACAAUCCAUAAACGAAAUUUAGUUCGUUGUUUGGGGACGAUAUUGCCCUUACAACCGGCCAUGCGUAUUAGGCUAAAAUGCCAUAUGGUAGGCAAUAAUGACACUUAUAGAUUUGAUGAUAGUUUUCUUUCUGAAACUGAAGGUGAUUCUUUUGCGUCAACUACUGACAAUGAAAUUAUUUGGUUAGAAGAAUCAGUUUGUGAUAAUGUUAUUCAAGUGUGUCGCCGAAAAGACAUAAUUGGAAAAGAUUCAGUGAUGCGAACAACUGGAGAUGACAUUGAUUUUUCCAUAUCGUCACGCAUCGCUACUUCAACACCCACUCCUUUUAUAGGUGAUGGAUACCAGAGUCAGAGAGAUUUUAUCCUGCCUUCUGUAGAAUCAUCGACUACGGAAACAAGUAUUAUGCUGGAGAUGAGGGACGAGUUGGCCAAUCUUCGUAAGCAGAUAAAUCUUUUAAUGGUUGCUCAACAACAGGGUGCAGCAGCUACCAAAAUGUCAACAUCUUCUCCAGUAUGUCGUGUACCACCCACAACUGUAACAUCGACUGCAGCACCACCUGCACCUCCUCCCCCUCCUCCUCCAGCAAUCAGACUUCCGCAGCAGCCAUUGAAAUUUGGUAAAAACAUGGCUACUGGUGGUAAGAGCCUGGGUGACAUGUUGAAACAAGGGAUAAAUGGAUUAUCUGAACCAACUGCUUGUGAUAAGAAUGGCAACAAUGCAAAUAAAUCCAACAAACCCUUUGACAUGACGGAAAUAUUAAAAGAUAUGGGUAACAUUAAAUUACGCUCAGUGAAAAGAUCGCCAGGUGGCACUCCCAUUCGCGAACCACCGGCAAACUCAGAAAAUGAUCUCCAUGCGAUGAUAGCAAAAUCUUUGAAAAGAAGAAUAUCUUGUCAGAUUCAUACACCUGAAUCAGACAAGGAAAAUACAAGUCCAGAACAAGAUCACCCAACUUCAAGCGAAAAGAACAAAUUUGGUGUGGUUUUAAAGAGUGUAAAGAAAAGACUUUCGUUAAACACAGUUGAAGAAGUUUCUCCUGAUUCUUCUUUUAAUUAAUUUAAGCUUACUCUUGACUUUUGUUAAUUUGUGCAAAACAUUAUUUUAAUUCAAGAAAACACAGUUGUUAAAGAUUUCGUUAGCU